GUGUACUAGAUGGCACAGUGUGCCGGUGAUUUACACUGGCACACUGUCACCCAAAUAAUACCCGCUGCUCAGUUUGGACGAUUUAUUUGCCAACAACCGAUAAGAUCGCCUGUGCCUGUAGUGAUUGUUGGCAGAGUAAAUGCUGAAUGCAAAAUAGUCCGGUGUUGGGCAAUAUCGGUCAGUGUCACUGUGUAACAGCAUUCCAGAUCUGCAGCUGGUAACUGUCCACUGGACGGGAUCGAAUGCUGGGACGUAUUUGUUCUUCAACCGUUUUAUCUGCACAUUAAGACAGCAGCGGCGAGAAUGUGCAGCGACAAGGCCAAGACGGUGUUCUGCCUGGGCAUCUGCGGGCUGGUCCACGGCUGCCUGACCAUCGCCAUCAGCUCGUACGUGUUUAGUUAUUCGUGGAAGCAGAGCCGCAGUCUGGAGUUCGCCGUGACGGUGCUGGCGCUCUGCAGCGGGAUAUCCCUCAUCAGCGCCAACAUAACGAAUUUAUGCCACGGCUACCGCAUCCGCCAGAUCGCGCUCUUUAACAACCACUCGGAGCGAAAGCCCUUCCGCCGGCUGCCGCUGACCCUCAUCCUCAUCAACACCAUCGCCGCCGCGCUCAACCUCGCGCUGGGCGUCCUGGCUUUCUUCCUGGCCAACACCUUCUACGUGCCGCAGCAGUUCUCCACCAUCAUCGAUCCCGACGGCAUGAUCCACGUGUCGCGCGACGAGUACGUCUUCAACGGCUCCAUCGGCAUGGUGGUGGUGGCGGUGAUCGGCGUGGUGUUCAGCGGCAGUGUCGCCGGUCUGGCGGUGUCCAUCCACCGUCAUCCGCAGCAGACCAUCGCCGCCAUUGCCGGCAUCCAGUACCAGCCCGGCGUGGGCGCUGCGUAAGUGUGCACGUUGCGCUGCACCACUUUGCUCGCGUCAAAUACUCGACGGUUCUCUUUAACCCGGCCGGACCUUUCCCUGUUAUGCCGUUUGCCCCGGAAACUUAUUGCGAUCUGCGUUAUUAGAUUGAAACGUCCCGCACAACAUCUGCGCUAAAAUUUCAUUUCUUUCCUUUAUCUUUGCUGAAAAUUUAUUGGCUCUGUGUUUUUAUUGCAUUCGCCCAUGAAUUUAAUUAAUGCACCAUCAGGAUAG